AAGCUAGCUUACGCGACUUUCCUGGCCAGCUUUGGAGACCCAAAGGAGGAUGAAGACGACGACAGUAAAGACGAUGAAGACGGUUACUACCUUGGGGCUCGCGUGAUGGCCUACCAACUCCUACACUCCAAAUCAGCCGGCACGAACAACAGCAUCCCCUUUCUCGUGCUCUGUACGGAAGACGUAAAAAGGAGCAAACGUGUUCGCCUUAAGAAGGACGGCGCGACCGUCAUUAUCGUGGAGAAGGUCGAGUCUGACUGGGCCAAAACCGGCACUCCACGCUGGCGAGACAACCUCGCCAAGCUCCGUCUCUGGCAACUCACCGAGUACAGCAAGAUCUGCUUCAUCGAUGCCGACAAUCUCAUCACCAAACCACUUGACGGCGCCUUCUACGACGAAGCCACGCUCACGCAAGCCACGGGCACUAACCCGGCCGCGAUACAAGCGGACGAGGCGGCCUUGCCACGGACAUACAUGUUCGCCGCGCAUGGUGAUCUGUGGGGUUAUGAUCACCCGUAUCCUCCUGAUCCAGACCUGUCCUAUCUCAACGGUGGCUUUUGGGUCUUCACGCCGAGCAAAGUGAUGUUUGAGUACUAUAUGAGUCUGUUGGAGUUGCCGGGCCGCUUCGAUCCUGGAUUUAUGGAACAAAACCUGUUGAACUAUGCGCAUAGGCGAGAUGGCAAUAUGCCAUGGAAGCCGUUGUGGUAUGGGUGGAACGUGAAUUGGCCUACCGCAAGAGAUUGGCGAGGUGGUGCGCGGAGCUUCCACGCGAAGUAUUGGGACGGUGAUGCCAGCCACGACCCGGUCUUGAAGGCUAUUUGGAAGGAACAGAGAGCUGAGAUGGAAGGGUACUAUCGAGGAAGGGAC